AUGGGUGUCUGGCAUCAGCUGCUGCCUGGCAAAAUCGUGGUCUUACCUGAGUCUUCCACUGGUGCCCGCCGAGAGCAGGAGCUGAAAACCACCCUGCAGGAGCUGGUCAUCUACGUUGUUUUCCUGAGCGUCCUCUGCAUAUUGGCAUUCGGCAUGGUGAGCACGGACAUGUACUACCUGAGCAAGGUCAUGGCCCAUGUCUUCCUGGAGCCCUCCUCUGGGGAUGACAGGAGUGGUUUCAGGAGAAUUGGGAGCAAAGAUGAUUUCUGGAAGUUUGCAGAGGGAGCUCUGUUGGAUGGACUGUACUGGGACAAAUGGUACAACAACAGGACGUUAACUCUGCAGGGCAACAACAGCCAGAUUUACUAUGAGAACCUGCUGCUGGGAGCAGCCCGGCUCCGCCAGCUGAAAGUGCAGAACAACACCUGCUCCAUCUACCCCUAUUUCCACUCAUUUUUAAGAGAGUGUUACAGCGAAUACAGCUAUCGAGUUGAAGACAGGUCUGACUUUGGACUAAAGAACACAUCUGAAUGGAAAUACACCUCAGGCUCCUCAUUAUCCCUGUGGUACUGGGGAUCCAUGGGCUGGUAUAGCAGUGGAGGAUAUAUGUUCACCUUGCCUAAAUCCAAGCAGGAGAGCAGGCAGAAGUUGGUGUUCCUCAGGCAGAACAACUGGCUCACCAGAGGAACCAGGGUUGUAUUUAUUGACUUCUCAACAUAUAAUGCCAACAUAAACCUCUUCUGUAUCGUCAGGUUGGUGGUGGAGUUCCCAGCCACCGGGGGUGCUCUCACCUCCUCACACUUCUACUCUGUGAAGCUCCUCAGAUAUGUCACAUACACAGAUUACUUCCUGGCUUCUUGUGAAAUCGCCUUUUGCUGCUUCAUCAUCAUAUUCAUGAUCAAGGAAGCUAUAAAAAUGGCAAAACUGAAAAAGGAAUAUUUAAAAAAUGCCUGGAACUGGCUGGAAUUGCUGCUGCUGCUGGUCUCCAUCCUUGCCAUUGCCUUCAACAUCAACCGCACUGUCCACGUGUCCCUGCUGAUGCAAGAGCUGCUGUCUGAUGCCUACGUGUAUCCAGACUUCUAUUUCCUUGCAUUCUGGCAAGUCCUUUAUAACAACAUGAUUGCUAUCAGUGUCUUCUUUGCUUGGAUAAAGGUAUUUAAAUAUAUAAACUUGAACAAAACCACAUCACAGAUGUCCUUCACAUUAUCUCACUGUGCCAAAGACAUCAUUGGAUUUUCCAUCAUGUUCUUCCUUGUUUUCUUUGCCUAUGCCCAGCUAGGCUAUCUGCUCUUCGGGUCACAAGUUGAAGAGUUCUCCACUUUCCAAAACUCCAUCUUUACACAGUUCCGUAUGGUGCUGGGAGAUUUUAAUUUUGCAACCAUAGAAGCAGUAAACAGAAUCCUUGGACCUCUUUACUUCAUCACAUUUGUAUUCUUUGUGUUCUUCGUAUUGCUGAGUAUGUUUUUGGCAAUCAUAAAUAAUGCCUAUUCAGAAGUCAAAGCAGAAUUUAAAGUGAUGCCUGGUCAACAACUGCAGAUAAAAGACCUCAUUAAAAAGAGUUGCCAUAAUGCCCUUGUCAAGGUCAACUUGAAGAAAGCAGCAGAGGAGAGCUUGGAAAGCAAGGAAUUUUCAGCCACUAAAAGAAAGGAUAUUUUCAAGCUUUCUGAUGGAGACAUUACUGAAGAGAGCCACCUAUCAAAUCUACAGAAAGGGCAAGAAGAGCUCAGUCAGAGUUAUGCAUCUGCUGAGGACAUAGACUCAGUGACAUCUCAGAGCUAUGUCUCCACUACAGAAUUUCAGUGGCUCCUCAGGUACACACGGAAGCUGGGGAUGGAAAUAAGUAAUGCUAAUGCAAAAAUCAAGAAUAUUACAAAAACCAUGCAAAAACUGACAGAUCCUUCAAGAAACAUGGCAUGA